AGUGUUUUUUAUUCAAUACCAAAGCAUUACAUUUGACCCUGAUUGUUUGCGGAACUUUUGGUGUAAAGGAAAGAUAUCCACGAGUUCUAAUGAUUAAACAUGUUUUCAAUGUUAAACAUCCAUGAGUAACAUUAUUGUCAACCAAACAUAAUCUGUCAGCGUGUCAAGAGACCUUCAGAGGUGUGUUGGUCAUGCCCGCCGGAGUCGUCUCGCUGGUCUCCCGGCUAUGCGCGCUGUCACUGAUGCCCACCGUCUCCUCGAAGAGCUGUAGGUUUGCCAGUAGAGAUGUCAAAGCAUGGACGAAACAUAACUUUGCACAGAGAGUCCCUGGUAGAAGACAAGCCCAGGACCAAAAUACGUUAAAUGAGGAUGGCACCAUGGUGGAUGUAGAGGACAAUCUAGAUGCGAUACACAGCGAGGAAAGGAAAAGGAAGAUUGCUGUGAAGUUUUCCAAGAUCAAGAGGCGGAUGACUCCCUCAGGGGCCCCAGAACGCAGUCUGAGCUGGGACACCAUCGAGCAGAUCCGGUACUUGCGGCGGGAGCAGCCGGAGGAGUGGACAGUGGAGCGUCUGGCCGAGGGCUUCGGCGUUCCACCCGAUGACAUCCUCAGGGUCCUGAAGAGCAAGUUUAACCCAACCGCCCCACGAAAGGUCAAGCAAGACGCCUCGGUGCUGGCCAGGCUCGGCCAGCAGCCGGAGCGGCUACCGGCUGGUGGAGCGCCACAGAGUAGCCUGCUGCAGUUGCCUGCUCAGAAUCCACCCACCAUGUUUGGGGCCGGGGACGGCGCCAGUGGUUCCGCCGGCACUCUAGUCCCCUCAGCCAAUCGGAUGCUGCUGACACCCAGAGUACAAGAAGGAAGAGGAGGGGGAGAACUCUGUGGAACCCCCCCAGGUAGUGGUCAUGCUUCUCUGGCCACUCGGCCCAAACCACUGUCCCUCACGACAGUGGUGGAGAGCGGUAGACUCACUCCUGCCCCUUCAGUAUCAGAGGAAGACCACCGUGGUGCUCCACCAGUGGAAGGGGGGGAAGACGACGGGGGGGAGGAGGAGAGGUGGGAUGGAGAAGUGUUGACUGAGAGUGACCUUGAGGGGCUGAUGCUCACCACCAAGCCCUCCCCUGCGGUGAAAGUCGGUAAGGACUUCUUUGACAGAGAGGGUGCCUUUUUGUACAGAAUUUAGGUGAAUCAAUUAUUGAAGUUAAUUGCUUUUCCUAUGAAAUUAUGUUGGAAACUGAUCGAUUAUUUCUGGUGCAAUAUCAUAAAUUAAGUUUAUUGGGUUGUAUCUUUAAAAGAAGGAAUCAGUGUACACCAUACCAUGCAUGGUUUAAUUUGAAUGUAUGUAAUAAGUGAUUAUUAUGCAUUGUAUCUUCACAACUGUUGUAAAACUGACUUAGUGAACCAGCGCUAGGGAUCUCACCAUACAAUUUAGCUGACUUGCAGGACUUCCUCUUAAUAUAAUCGUAAUAUCACGAUUCAUCAGAUUAUGUCGUAUGACAAACCGCAAACGGCAAUGUGUCCCUUCCUUCUAUUUGGCAGUUUCACAAAUAAACAUUUUGCGUAUUUAUUUAGGUUUUGUGCUUUUAUUUUCUGUUUUCUACAGGGGUAUUAACUUAAACAUUGACAUCAAAUAAAAUCCAAAAGAUCAGAAGUACCAUGGUCAUUUAUUGUUCAUCCCAAAGCAAGUUGCAUCAAAUAUACAUUUAAGUAGAGAGAAACAAACGGGUACAAAGAUGUAUCGUUGUGCAGAGUAUAUUUACAGUAACCAUCACAAUGAUGUAUUAUUUUAUACAGUAGAUGUCACUACAGCUUUAUUCAGUUUACUUGAAUACAAAUACAGUAUUGUAUGUACCUUUAUUCAUUUUAUUGCCAAAACAUUACACAUUUCCCUGCUUUUUAAAGUCGGACCUUCAAACAUUCAGACUAUAAAACAAUGUCAGUUUGGUACCGACACAAUUAUCGUCUCAUGGUAACACAUGUUCGCGUUGCUUCUUGAUUAAUCCUAUAAAGACAAACAUUCCUUCUUGUCAAUAAACAUGCAAUGGACUUCAA